AUGGAAGAAGGAAGGAUAUUCCAAUUUCUUGCUAGUCUCAAUGAGGAAUUGGAUAAAGUCCAGGGUAUUGGGAAGCACUCAUUAGGUGAGAUCUUUGCAAAAGUCAUGAGAGGAAACUCACAAAAAUGUGAUGAUGGGAAAGACAAAAUUGUUGGAGGGACAAGGUCUUUGGACCCUUGUGUUAUAAAAAUGGUUCUCCCUAACUGGUUAUUGUCUUGGAUUCUUUCAGAAGAGAGGAAACGCCGAGACCAAGAAUGUGGACAAAUGAAAUCUCUUGUACAAGAUCUUGAAAGAAAAGACCUAAGGAGGCUUAUUGAUAAAAUGCAGGUUCCGGUGGCUGCUGUUGUGAUCAUGGCAUGUAAUCGUGCUGAUUACCUGCAGAGGACUAUUACUUCUGUGUUGAGAUACCAAAGGCCCGUUUCUUCAAGAUUUCCUUUAUUUGUAUCUCAGGAUGGAUCAAAUCCAGAUGUUAAAAGCAAGGCUUUGAGCUAUGAUCAGUUAUCAUAUAUGCAGCACUUGGAUUUUGAACCAGUUCAAACUGAACGACCAGGAGAGUUAAUUGCUUACUACAAAAUUGCACGUCAUUACAAGUGGGCUUUAGAUCAACUGUUCUACAAGCAUAACUUCAGCCGAGUAAUCAUCCUUGAAGAUGACAUGGAUAUAGCACCUGAUUUCUUUGAUUAUUUUGAAGCUGCAGCGGCACUCCUUGACAAGGAUAAGUCUAUUAUGGCUGUUUCCUCGUGGAAUGACAAUGGACAAAAGCAGUUUGUACAUGAUCCAUAUGAGCUUUAUCGUUCAGACUUCUUUCCUGGAUUAGGAUGGAUGCUGGGCAGAUCUACUUAUGACAACAAAAGUCACAGACAUCUCUCCGUCCUUUUAGCUUCUUUAUUGUAUUCAACCUGGGGAGAAUAUCGCAUUGUCCUUAAUGGUUCUAGUUUGGGACAAUUUUUUAAGCAAUAUCUGGAGCCAAUCAAGCUGAAUGAUGUCAAGGUUGAUUGGAGAUCAAUUGAUUUGAGCUAUUUACUGGAGGAUAAAUAUUCUAUGCAUUUUGCCAACAUUGUUAAGAAAGCUACACCUGUCUAUGGAGCUGGCAUGGUUCUAAAGGCAUAUAAUAUUGAUGGUGAUGUGCGUAUCAAGUAUAAAGACCAGUCAGACUUUAAAAACCUUGCUCUCCAAUUUGGUAUAUUUCAUGAGUGGAAGGAUGGAAUACCCAGGACAGCCUAUAAAGGAGUAGUCGUUUUCAGACAUCAAACUUCACGACGUAUAUUCCUUGUUGGUCCAGAGUCGUUGAAGCUACUUCAGAUCGAAGAGUCUUAA